GUCCAGCUUCCUUGCCCAUUGAGAUGAGCCCUCGCAAUGUGCAAAUCAGCAGCAAUCUUGCUCGCUUUACACAGUUCGCUUUCUUCGGUGCCAAUUUCUCAGCGGUUUAGCGGCUUCCGUGUGCGUUAGGCCUCUUUGCAGUAGAAUGACAGAGCCAAAGCAGGCGGCCUUAGAGAAGCUGCAGGGCAGAUUGGUGUGGCUCAGGGCUUUCAGGUUGGCCAGCAAUUAAUGUCAACAGGAAUUGGUGUUCUGUAAAGCGUUGUGGGGGCGCUUCCUAGUAUCAGUCUCAUUAUCUCUCUUGGCCUUUUAGGAGCAAAUCAGAGCUGGCCCUUCAACUGUGUCGUCAUGGCAAAAGGCCGCCCUCAUGGCCGGUCCAAGUCUGACCACAGAGUUUGUCAGGCAGCCCGACAUGCGCUAGCGGCUGAGUACAGGGAGAGGAUCGCCAUCAGUGCUGAGUUGCAGGAGGCGCGGAUUGCGGCGGUUAACGUAGAGUGCAACGUGGAAGAUGCCCCUCGUAGGCGGCGGGGCCAGAAGUCUAAGGAUCCAAAGACCAAGGCAUCAGCUGCUCGGGUGUCAGCACAGGGCCAUUCUUCCAAGGCAACUGGCAGUGGGAAAAAGAAAGCAAACAAGCGAUUGGAACAUGCGCAUGGCAAAGCUGCACAAAGCGACGUGCACAGUCUGCAUUGUCAUGCGUGCGGCGCCACUGCUGAGGUUGGGCUGAGGGGAAGCAAGGAGGGGGGCAGCGUCAAGUACUCAUGCAGAGGGCACUCCAUGUCCAAUGGUUGCUUUCGAAUCGACCGAGACCGCGCAGCAUGGGCAGAGGACGCAGAGAUGCGCCGCCUGAGAGCAGAGGAGAGGAGAUUGGAAGCAGAGCUGCGGCAACUUGGAGGGGCCUCGUUUGCUGCAAAGCCGACAUCAGCUAGGAGUGAGUUCCCAACAACAGGGCUCUGGGCUUCGAUGCACAUGAGCGAGUCACUCAUAGAGAUGCUACUCACUAUCGGCGGAGUCGAACGCAACCCGGGCCCUACUACAAAGGAGGAGAAAGAGCUGGCUUUGAAGAAGAGCUGGCAGGAAGUCGAUUCCGACAUUGAACCUGAGCUGCUAGACUACCUGGCAAAGGAGGCACUCACCUUGGCACGCUGGAGAGGGACGCCCGAGGACCUCCGCCCUAAGCGUCUGAGCGACUUGCAACAAGACUACCCAGGGCCAGGAAGUUGGUUGAAGGGCUGGAAUGCGAUCUUCGAUAAAGCUGCAGUUGCUGGCAGGAGGGGUCAGGAUGCAGAAGCGGGCCACUCUGGGGAUGCUGCUCAGGGAAAUCAGACUCAGUGCUUCUUGAGGGGUCCCAUCCAGUGCUAA